AUGGUAUAUAUACAUAGAUUUUUUGAUACGCAGAAGUUGCAAGAAUUAGUGUUCAUCGGACCGAGCUACAUACAGAAUCAGCAUGCACCAGUUGCCAAAAUAAAUCGAAUAAUAACCGAAAGUUUGAUAUUCAAGAACGCGCAUUGCCUACAAAAAUUGAUCCUCUUGGGUUGUGAAAUGUCCACGGUGAAGAACGAAAACGAUAGAUAUUUACACAAGAACGUGGAAUAUUAUUCCCGACCGUUAUCAUUCAACACAGUGACCUCCGAAGCGGACACCGUGUUGUCAAGUACCAAUGCCGGGUUAAUGAUGUUUUCUACUCUACAACACAUAAUAUUCGACUUCGAUCUGAUGAGCACAUCCACAUUGGAAACUCUAAGUCAGUUCUCGCAAAUAACACAGUUGACCCUCAACAUCGGGUCGCGGCGGCCGGCGCCGCUGCCGAGCGUGGACUGGAGGAACAUCAGUGGGGGGUUGCAAGUUGCUUUGAAUAUCAUAUCAGUAUCGCACAAUGUUCUGGAAGAAAUCAUCGAUGUAGUGCUCGUGGAGGGAAUGCCGCUGGUCUCGUUAAAAGUCAUGUUUUGUAAAACUCUGCACGCGGGCGUGCUGCAGCGCGUGGUGCGCCACCACAAGGCGAGCCUGCGCGAGCUGGUGUGGGCGGACGCGCCGCACGACGCCGCCGACCUGUACCACAGCCACCUCGAGCAGCAACUCUCUGAGGAGUUCGCAAUGUGCAACGUGAACCCGUUAAUUUUACUCUGCUGGCAGUGCAGCCAGCUACAGAGACUCGUCAUACACGGUUACUGGGUGUGGCAGUACGACCUGAUCGGGUUCGUGCGCCUGCGCCGCUCGCUGGGCGCGCUGGACGUGUCGGCGGUGCGCGGCGCGGGCGGCGGCGUGGCGCGCGUGCGGGCGCGCGAGCCGCCGCGCGCGCCCGACCCGGACCUCGUCAGGCAAGUGAACCUGUACACGGAGUUCGAGUGGUCGCCGGUGCCGUGGCCGUGCCUGCCGGCGGCGCUGCGCGCGCGCGCGUCCCCCGCGCAGCGCGCCGACUACGUGCUGCGCGAGCUGCUGCGCGCGCCGCCCGCGCCGCUGCCAUCU